AUGUCUGCGUUACAAUUAAAUAUCUUAAAGCUAGUGGAUGAAAAGGGACAGAUCGAAAACACUCUCGAUGUCCCUGUCCUCGCUAAGGAAGACCCAAACACCUCGUUACAUUCAGCGUUAACUUCGCUUUGGGCCAAGGAAAUGAUUAACUUUAAAAAAUUAGAGACUGAAAAGUGGAUUUUGACCGAAGAGGCCAAAGAUAUCGUAGCCCAUGGAUCGCACGAGUUCAGAUUAUUGGAAGAAGUGUUAAAGAAUUUGGAUGGUUUAAAGAUUUCAGAUGUCAACAGUAAGUUGGGAGCUGUUGGAAAGUUGGGUCAAGGUAAGGCUUUCAAGAAUGGAUGGGUCGGAAAGGACGGGGACAAAUUAGUUGCCAAGGUCACUGAAUUACCUAGUGCAGAUCCUGCUGUUGUCCUGUUGAAGGAAGUGGAGCAAACUGGCUCUUUACCUGAUAAGAAGGAAUUGGCAGAAUUGAAGAAGAGAAAGUUGGUUCAAUUGACCAAGAUUGUUGGUUAUGAAAUCACCAAAGCCGCCAAAUUCGCUACUACCAUCACCAACUUGGAAACUGAUAUUACAUCUGAAAUGAUUGCAUCUGGAUCUUGGAAAGAUGCUAACUUCAAGCCAUACAACUUCCAAUCCGAGGGUGUUUACCCUAACUCUGGUGCCUUACAUCCUUUGAACAAGGUUAGAGAGGAAUUCAGACAAAUUUUCUUCUCCAUGGGUUUCACUGAGAUGCCUGCUAACCAGUACGUUGAGCUGGGAUUCUGGAACUUCGAUACCUUGUACGUUCCACAACAGCAUCCUGCCAGAGAUUUACAAGAUACCUUCUACUUGAAGGACCCAGCUCGUGCUAAGCUCCCAGAAGACAAAGAAUAUUUGGAAAACAUCAAGCAGGUGCAUGAAAACGGUAAAUACGGUUCUAUCGGUUACCGUUACCCAUGGAAGGAAGAAGAAUCUUUAAGAAUGGUAUUAAGAACUCACUCCACCGCUAUUUCCUCUGCCAUGUUACACAAGCUCGCAGAUGAUCCAAAGCCAAUCCGUCUUUUCUCUAUUGACCGUGUCUUCCGUAACGAAGCCGUCGAUGCUACUCAUUUAGCUGAAUUCCAUCAAAUUGAAGGUGUUCUUGCAGGUUACGACAUUACCUUAGGAGAUCUUAUUGGAUUUAUGGAAGACUUCUUUGCCAAGAUGGGUGUCCACGGAUUAAGAUUCAAGGCUGCUUACAACCCAUACACUGAGCCAUCUAUGGAAAUCUUCGCUUACCACAAGGGAUUAGGUAAGUGGGUUGAAAUCGGUAACUCGGGUAUGUUCAGACCAGAAAUGUUAGAAUCCAUGGGAUUGCCAAAGAACUUGAGAGUGUUAGGUUGGGGUUUGAGUUUGGAAAGACCAACCAUGAUUAAGUAUGGUGUUAGUAACAUUAGAGAAUUAUUGGGUCACAAGGUUAGUUUGGACUUUAUCGAAACCAACCCUGCUGCAAGAUUAGAUGAAGAUCUUGUUUAA